GUUCAAAGGUCGUGAUAGCAGCCGUGGUUAAAUGAUGGCGGUUCAGUGUUACUGUUGAAGAGAGAAGAAUGAUGGCAGACAAUAGUAGCUGUGCUGUAGCCAGUAAUCCCCCGACCACAGAGGAGAAGACUGAUGACCUCAUGCAGGACUCCCCAGAAGAUGUCAAAUCCAAAGCCAACACUGAAAAAGAUGGUGAAGCAGCAUCCAAAGCCGAUGUGUACCGCUACAUCAAACAAGACCUUUUCACGUCCGAGAUCUAUAAAGUGGAGAUCCGCAAUCUACCCAAGUUCACCGGCUUCAAUGACUUGAAGAAGUUCCUGGCUAAGCACAGCAUCAACCCCCACAAAAUCAAGCUGUUCGGCAAGCAGACCUUCGCUUUUGUGACCUUUAAGAAUGAGGAGGAGCGCACCAAGGCCAUGAAGAGGGUGCAUGGCACGCAGUGGAAGGGCCAGGUGCUCAGUGUUAGGUUGGCUAAGCCCAAAGCCGACCCCAUCCUCAGGAAGCGGAAACGGGAGGAGGAAGAUGGUGCGGCCGGGCAGCCCCUGACUAAGCAACCAGAUAUUGAGGAUGAGGAGCCGCUCUGUAACCAGAUAGCCAAUGUGGUGACUCCUUUGUGGAAUGUGCCGUAUGAGGAGCAGCUGAAGAGGAAGGAGCAGGAGGUGGUGGCAGUUCUACAGAGGCUGGCAAAAGAAAUUGGCAGCACAAACAAAGCCAUGCUACCAUGGUUGUUUGCACAGAAAGGAAAAUACAACAAAAUGUGCUGUCAGUUGGAAGAGAUUCGACCUUCUCCUUCUGAGACAGAGUACAGAAACAAGUGCGAGUUCCUCAUUUCAGUGGGUGCAGAUGGUGAGAAUAAGACCAUCGGUUUCCGUCUGGGAAAAUACAAAGGAGGCUCCUGCGCUGUGGUGGGGCCCGAGGAGACCUGCCAUGUCUCAGUUGAGGCCAAAAGGGUGGUCAGCGACUUCCAGAAGUUUAUCAGGACAACGCCAUACUCCGUGUACAGGCCUGAAACCUAUGAAGGCCACUGGAAGCAGCUGACUGUACGCACUACGAGGCUCAAACAAGCCAUGGCUAUUGUCUUCUUUAACCCACAGAAACUUGAAGAAGAGGAGCUUGAUGCACUGAAGAGCUCCAUGAGGUUGUGCUUCACAGAAGGAGAGGGGAAAGACAGCGGCGUCACAUCUCUUUACUUUGUUCGUGAAGGCCAAAGGACAUCUCCAAAUGCAGAAGACUUCCCGUGUGAGCUCGUCGCUGGAGAGAGCUGCAUUCAUGAGGAACUCCUGGGUCUUAAGUUCAGAAUAUCUCCUCAUUCCUUCUUCCAGGUGAACACAGGAGCUGCAGAGGUUCUGUACUCUGCUGUAGGGGAGUGGGCCCAACUGGACCAUGACAGCACACUGCUGGAUGUGUGCUGUGGGACAGGAACCAUCGGCAUCUCUCUCGCUAAGAGGGUAAAGAAGGUGAUUGGGAUCGAGCUGUGCCAGGAAGCUGUGGAGGAUGCCAAAGUUAAUGCAAAGCUCAAUGGUCUUACAAAUGUUGAGUUUCAUUGUGGAAAGGCAGAGGACGUGUUUCCCAACAUUCUUGGUGCUCUAGUCUCACCCAACAUCACAGCUAUUGUGGAUCCACCGAGAGCAGGCCUGCAUUCCAAGGUGAUACUUGCCAUCAGGAGAGCAGAACACCUGAAGAGGCUGGUUUACGUGGCCUGCAAUCCCAAGGCAGCUAUUAACAACUUCAUUGACCUGUGUAGAGCGCCGUCCAACAGAGUUCACGGGGCACCGUUUCGUCCAGUGCGAGCCAUGGCAGUUGAUCUGUUCCCUCAAACCAUGCACGUGGAGAUGCUACUGUUGUUGGAGAGAGUGGACUACGACUCCAAGCAGGAGAGCAGCAACAAACCUUAAACACACAAACUGAACCUGCACGCUCGGCCAAUUUGGACUUUCCAUAGGAUACACAUGUACAGUAUGCACACAUUCAGUACUUCAGUACUGCAAUGGUAGCUUGGUCACCAAAGUUGGAAAUAAAAUUCUUUAAAACUCA